CGUCACAGAGUAGUCGAAGCAGUAUAAAAGGCUCAACCUUCGAACCAGAGAUCAGUCGAGUUUCGUGAGUGAGAGUCAGUGUAGAGAAUCGACAGAGAGUGAUUACUGACUGACACACAGUGUACAGACACGAGUUUUUACACACAGGGUGUCCACGGUUUAUAACAUAAUCGAGCAGAAUGUCGAAGACAUCUGUGUUUUUCGCGGAGUGCAGUGAAGUUAAGAGAGAAGCUGUGGACAGGCUGGAGAUGAUCAGCCUUACCUCAGACAUAAUGUCUGACUCUGUAAGCAUCAAAGAGGUGACAACUUCCAAAAAAUCUGUGGAGACAACAGGAGAUCCAGGGAGCGUUAGCUCAGAUAAUCAAGCUGGCGUGAAGGCUUGUGCUACAGACAGUGUGGAGAACAGCCCAACAGAGAAACCUGCAAAAGGGAAGAAGGGGAAAGACGUCCACGCUGUCUUUCGGAGAGUAUGGAAGGCUGUAAAGCGCCCUUUCCUUUGCUGCGACCCGAACAGUGUGGUGUUUCUUACACCACAGCCGGACCUAGACGGUUCAGCGCUAACACCCGUCCCAAGUCCCUUCAGAAUCACACCAGUGGCUGACGCAGAUCCUGCCGACCCUGAGCUGGUGUGUCUGCCGGGCCAGGUCUGUGAAGAUGUUGAGUCUGUGUGUGUGCCAGGUCCCUCCAGGACGGAGCAAACAGCAGACGCAGAUCUGGCCGAUCCCAAGUCGCCGCCUGUGGCAGAUCCGUCCAGUUCUGACCCGGGUGACGAAAAGGGAGGAAGAGGAAGACAGUCAGUGCUUUCUUCUGGAGAUUCUGUAAAGCCGUAAAGCACUUCUUCCUGUGCCGCGACUCGAACAGAGUCCAGAAUCUUACACCACAGCUGGAUCUAGACGAUUCUGAGCCAAUACCUGUCCA